UUCAUACAGUUAUUGAUGACAAUGUUCACCGGUUGGAUCAGCUAUGUCAAAGAAAUCAAGUAAAUCGCGGGGAGUGUUCAAUCUAGUGGAGUUUAGUUUUUUGGAGCUAAAGGCUGAGCUCAAUGGCGUUCUGAAAGUCAAAAGCCGUCAGCAGCUAAGUUUUGUCGAGAACGAGGCCGACUUCUGGAAAUGUGUAAACAAAUAUGAGUGCAUGUUGCGCAGUAUGGGCCAGCCAGUACUUCCGAAAGUUUUGCAGAAGCCAGAGCUGGAAAGAGCACAGCCAUAUCACAGGAGCAAGCACCUGUCCAUUCAACUGGAUGAGUCCGCCCUGCGCCAAGAACAAGAUAACGUUAGCGAGGUGCAGGCGCAGUUCCAGCAGAUACUGCUUAUCUACCUAGACUUUAAGCAGAAAGAGAAGUUUAAACGUAUUAAGAAAUUACGCCAGGCGCAGAGAAAUUUACCAAUUACCCGCUUCAAGGAUGAUUUGCGUGCGGCCAUGGACUCGUCCCGUGUGGUUAUUAUCGCCGGCGACACUGGAUGUGGAAAAUCCACUCAAGUGCCGCAGUUCCUCUAUGAUUUUGGAUACCGCAGCAUAGCGUGCACUCAACCGCGCCGCUUGGCAUGCGUGUCGCUGUCGAAGCGAGUGGCUCAUGAACUGCUAGAAGACUACGGCAGUAAGGUGGGCUUCCAGAUUCGAUUCGAGAGAAGAAAAACACAGCACACGAACAUCCUGUUCAUCACGGAAGGCCUGUUACUUCGCCAACUUGCGGUUUCUUCUAGCCUAGAUGACUAUGACGUGCUCAUUCUGGACGAGAUACACGAGCGGAAUCUGUUUGGUGACUUCCUGCUAGGUGUAAGCAAAUGUCUGUUGCGGAGCAAGCCGCAACUGAAACUAAUCCUUAUGUCGGCCACCAUCAACGUUGAACUGUUCCAAUGUUACUUUAAAGAGGAGGGGGCGCGGUUUCUACAGGUGCCGGGGCGCUUGUUUCCCAUAAAAUUGCGCUACAUGCCUCCCCCAGCGUUGGAGAUGAAAGCCGGACAAGCCACGGCUAGGUCUAAUCGUUCGCAGGGAACGCGCAUGGACCCAGCUCCAUUCGUGCAAGUCCUUAACCUGAUCGACCAGCAGUAUCCAUCCAGCCAGCGCGGGGAUGUCCUCAUCUUUGUUAGCGGCGUUAACGAGAUCGACACCGUAUGCGAGGCCAUAAAGGAGUACGCCGCCCAGCAAACGCACUGGCUCGUCCUGCCACUUCACAGUGGACUGGCACUGGCCGAGCAGGACAAGGUGUUCGACUAUGCACCCGAAGGCUCGCGCAAGUGCAUAGUAUCGACGAAUAUUGCCGAGACUUCACUGACUGUGGACGGUGUGCGGUUUGUUGUUGAUUCUGGAAAGGUCAAAGAGAUAAGCUACGAUGCAGCUUGCAAGGGACAACGCCUGAAGGAGUUUUGGGUCUCCAAAUCAUCGGCAGAACAGCGCAAGGGUCGCGCAGGUCGCACAGGGCCGGGGUUCUGUUUUCGUCUCUACUCGCAGCAGCAGUUCGAUGCGUUCGAGGCAUAUCCCACUCCAGAAAUCUACCGCGUCCCACUGGACACAAUGUUGCUGCAAAUGGUAUCCAUGGGGCUGCCUGAUGUCAGGGCCUUUCCCUUCAUUGAGCCUCCGGAAUCAGAGCGCAUCGAACAGACCAUUCUGGCACUAAAGCAGCAUGGCGCCGUUAGCAUGGAGGAGAAGAUCACCCCUUUGGGCAGCUCGUUGAGCAACCUGCCAGUGGAACUGUCAAUUGGCAAAAUGCUGCUAAUGGGCUGCGUGUUCCCGGAGGUGGAUCAGCUGUUGACGCUGGCCGCCAUGCUCAGCGUACAAAAUCCGCUUACCAGCCGUGCUUACACGGACGCGCACUGCGAACGGGAGCGCCAGAGUCUGGAAUCCACUCAGGGAGACCUCUUCACCCUGAUGAACGCCUACCGCGAGUGGCUGCAGCUGAAAAUGGCCCGGGAGAACACCAGGAAAUGGUGCCAUCGUCGAGGCAUCGAGGAGCAACGCUUCUACGAGGUCAGCAAGAUGCGCCAGCAGUUCCAGCGCAUCUUGGAGAGCUGUAACAUGGCUCCACCCAGCACGUCCGGCGCGCUGACCAGUGCCGAAAGAGCCAGCCGUCACGGAGAAGUGCGCCAGCUGAAGGCUCUCAAACGGCGCCAGCGGUUUGAGCAGCCCCGACACCCCAAGCUACUAAAACACCAGCACAGCGGUGGGCAGUACGAGGAGCCAGAUGAGAACUACGAGGACGUGCGUGACGUGGACUUUCGCCUGCGCCACGAUGCCCGCCAGCUCGCCCUACUUGAGCGCUCGGCGCGUCUGGAACGCAACAGGGACGUGGUUUUGCUGAAGCUGCUACUGGUAAGCGGCUUCUACCCGCAGCUGGCCAUUAGUGAUGAGUUCAACUACUGCAAAGGAGGGGGCCAACAGUUCUUUCACACUCGAAUGAAGCCAUUCAUUUCCUUGCAUCCGAACUCCCACUUCGCCAAGUACUACGAGUGCCUCAAGCUCGCCGAAAGUGACCUAAUACCGAAGCCGGCCUACUACACACCAAAGCAUCCACUCAGUGAGCGCCAUCAGCUGCUGUGCUAUCAGUCGCUACUAGAGACAGCAAAGCCAUACCUGAUGAGCUGCAUUCGGCUUCCAGUGGCCCACACGCUUCUCCUAUUUGGCUUCGCGAUCGAUACGAACGCAGACCUGACACAGAUGGUCUUUGACGGCUGGCUGUGCCUGGAUUUCCCUGUGCCCGACAGCGGGAUGAAGCUGCUGUGCCGAGCCAUCAAGCUGCGGCGCCGUUGGAGCAGCCUGCUCUGUAGCAAGCUUGAUGAGCUCAACGCCAGCCAGAAGGCUCCAGCUGUUACUUCCAAAAACAUCACGCUCUGGCACGAGCUUAUCGACUUCAUGGGACUGGAUGUGCCGUACGCCGUUAGUCGACUGCUGCCAGCUGAUCUCAAGAGGCUCUACACACACCAGACUCCAAUGCCGCUCCUUGAAAAGCUGCAGGGAAAUCCCUUCGACAUCGACUAUCCUCCGAGUCCCAACAUGACGAAGGGUGGCAUCAACGUCUCCGAAAACGUUGUGUACGGCUGUGUGGCGGACCAGCCGUGGACUCUGGCUAUGCAAGCGGCCCUCCAGGCACGGGCCUGGCAGUGCUCAAAGUGCGACUUUCAGCUGGAAAAGUGUGAUAUGCUCGAACAGCUGGUGCACCGUCAAGAGUGCAAGAAAGUGCGACCGGCCAGCCCAGUUCACGUACAGCAGCCACCCACAGCUCGCGUGGCAUCUAACUCUGGGAACUAUUUCUGUGAGAGCUGCAAACGCCAUUUGAACAUUUGUUUGCCGAUCGACAUUCUACGCCAUCGACGGCAGUGUGUAAAAGACAGAAAAUAGUGUUAGCCAUAGAUAUGAACGAAGCUCCAGCUAACUAACCUCAAGGAGAUAUUGCCUACUGCAUGGGGCCCCCUAUUCAAAUGGGUCCCUGCAAACAGAAAAAAUGCUGAAUGGUUUAUAAAUAUUCUACAGUUGGUGAGAGUUUAGCGAAUCAAACA